GACCAAGAAAUGAAGUUGAAAGCUGGAGAUCUGUUCUUGGUGGAAGACAAUGUUGUGGUGAAAAAUCUCCUUGUGAUUGUGGAGAACAUCCAUAAAAUCAUUGGUCAGGCAGGCUAUGUGUCAAAUGACAAUGAUCAGAGCAUUGUGGAGAUCACUGUGACUAGGAUUACAUCAGCUAUCAGGGAGACAGGCCUGGUUGUGGAACAUGCAGCUGCCCUUGUCACCCUGUUGGAAUCCUGUCUCCGACAUGAUUUGAAACCAACUGCUCGAGGGGAGGAUCCCCCCCAUGCCAAGAUUGCUUCUGACAUUAUCUCCUGCCUCUUUCUUAAUUAUAGUCAGAAGGAAGUGAUGCGCCUGGCUCUUCCAGUUGCUGUGAAGUUCCUUCAUAAGGGUAAUAAGGAACUUAGCCGAAAUAUGUCAUCUUAUCUAUCUCUUGCGGCCAUGGAGAAUGCAGAUCUGCUCUCCAACUGUGUCCAGCUUAUCAUAGAUUCUGUUAACCUUUUACAGUUCUAUGAUGAAAAUAAUAUUUUUGUGCAACCCAAGGAUAACUGUCUUUUCUUUGUAGGGAACUAUGCCCUAUCACGUGUCCUGCCCCAGAUUUAUGCUGUAGAUUGGGAAAGGAUCCAUGAUCAUGUGAUGGCUCUUGUAUCACUUCUACCUCUAUGUGACACCCAUGAAAAGCUUGCCCUUCUGUCAUUGUUCCAGCUCAUUGCUGAAAAGAAACCAAAUUUGCUGGAGCCAAGUUUGAGUCAGCUCUGGGAGUGUUUGAGUUUCCCUAGCUGCCUUCAUCCAACACUGGGCAUCUUUAUCCACAUGGCUAAUGCACGUCCACAACCAUUUGUUGAUUAUGUUACUCGCUUGGAAGCUGUGGCCCUCAAAGAUCGUUCUACACUCCCAUCUGUCAUCAAGAUCAUUGGUCCUGUUGGGAGGAUGAACAAAGACAGAGCUGGAGAGGCUAUUCCAUAUCUCUUGAGCCAACUGCCUCAGAUGGAGGCAGGGAAACUGAGCAUCCCCCUGAAGGAACUUGUAUCUAUCUGUGAUGCACAUCCAUCUCUUUUGACAGAGAAGAUUCUUAAAGAAGUUGGAAUGCAUCACAGCACAAGUAAACUGGUGACAAGUGGACCAUCAACAGGAACUGGAGCUGGAGGUUACAUGUACAAGAGCCUCUCUGUUCUAGGAGGAAGAUCCCUUGGAAUUGGAAUACUUAAGACAGCUUCAUCAUCUAACAAGAGCAUGAGGUUUGGAAUCUGUAGUAUACUGUCUGCUUGCCUGUUUUAUGAGAAGUCAAGAACUCUAGAUGAGACAUUGAAAGUUCCUGCUAUUCCAUACAGUGGUAGCAUGAACAUGAGUGUGUUUAGAAAUGAAGAUGUGGCUCCAGCAUCACUACCAAAUCCUGUGUCCCCAGGAGCUCAAGUUUCUCCUCCUCCUAUUCAGUCACAACAGGGUCAUCCUGUUUCACUCUCUCUCUGUCUCUCAGGUGGAACUUCACCACUGAGCAUGGCAUCAAACCAUCGCUUGCCAAGUGUCUCUGGGAAUCAAGGUGUUACUCCAAUCUACCCUUGGCCUCAACCUAGUUCCCCUCCAAUGACAAGGCCUUCAACAACUGGAGAGGUGACUAUUCUGAAAACCCAUCAGUCCGGGUCUUCCAAUCCCCCAAGCCAGAUGGCAGGAGUGACCUAUCGGAAGGGGAGCACAAGUGUCACCAUUUCAUCAAAGAUGCCCUCCACGCCCACCUCUACAGGAGCUCAAAGAAUCAGUGUGUUUGAGCCAUAUCCCAUGCGAGAUGCAGUAUAUCAUUUCUGCGAAAAACAUCUUGAGAAAAUCAAGAUAUACAUGGAGACUGUCUUUGUGACACUUCCUCUCCCUGUUCGGUGCACCAUUGAAGAGAGAAAAAAUCGGAAACAUGCAAAGCUUUACUUUGCAUGCCAGGGAAAGGGGGAGCAUUGCCUAUACAAUCGCACUUUCUUCACCAUGAAGACUAGACAGCCUCGGAUUUGGAUUCAUCUGAUGUUUCUGGCACUCCAGUCCUGGUUUUGUGAAACCUUCACAAAGAGAAUGAUGAAAGGAAUUAAUCAUGGCAUCAGUUCACCGCGAACUUUAGUAGCGUCACAGCAGGCCACUAUGCAGAAACUGAGGAGGAAGGAGAUCAAUGCCUCCUUCUCAAUAGAGAGCUUGAUGAAUCUGCUGGUAGAACUGAAUGCCCAGGCCCCUUGUGUCCUCCAUCUUCCUGCAAGUCUCCAGUAUGCAGAUUAUAUGGUGGUAGUUAGUGCAAUGUCUCCAAGGCACCUCAAGUCUCUGGGUGAAGAGGUUCGCAAGGAAUUGAAAAGGCGCCUCGGUGAUUCAAAGGGAUUUGUGCCUGUACCUCAGAUUGAGGGAUCAAACUCCAGUGAUUGGGUAGCAUUGGACCUGGGCAAUAUCGUUCUUCACAUGUUUCUUGAGCCCAUACGUCGUCAUUAUGACAUUGAAACCUUGUGGGCAGCAAGGUCUUCCACUGCCCUCAGUACCAGGGAGUCCUCUGUAAGCAGUCUCAAGAACUGCUGGGACACCCUCAAAUGUGAGAACAAGGCAUUUGUAACCUUGGUCACCUCAGCUUUCCCCAGUGGUCGUGUAAGCUGCCACAAAAGUUUUUUUGGCUCCUCUGAAUCAUUAGAAACUGUAACUAAAGAUGAAUUCUGUUUCCCUUCACAGGAGCAGGAAUUGCUGAUCCAUGAACUGCGAGGGAUUCGAUAUUUUGAUGUGUUUGAGUAUAAUGCCAUGGCUGGUCAAUGGGGCUGCUUCCUAUGUAAUCAUCCAGAUCGGGCAACAGGGUUUCUUCAACCAGAUCAGCCUGUCAUUGAAGGUCAGCUGAAGGAGAAAAAGGGAAAGUGGCGGCUGUUUAAACGCUGGCGAAUGCGAUACUUUACUUUGUCUGCUGGACAUCUUUCAUAUCGAGGAGUUGGGUCUUCCAAAAGCGACAAGGAGCUGGUACCGAUAGAGCUGAAUCAGAUCCGAAGUGUGAAGACCAUCUCAAGAGGAGGACGACACUUGCCAAAAGCAUUUGAGAUCUUCACAGAUGAUUGCAGCUUUGUCCUGAAGCCUCAGGAUGGAAAGAAUGCUGAAGAAUGGGUCCAAUGCUUGAGCAUUGCCCUUGCACACACUCAUGCCAAAGGGAAUCACUCUAGGACCCUUUCUGCAUUCGGAAGCGGCAGCCUACGCUGA